AAGAAAGCAAUUUUUGACAUUUUAUUAACCUCACAUUAACCUCAAUUUUAAUUUUAGGAAUUUUCUAAUUUUAAAAUAGUAUCCUGGUCCGAAAUUCCACGCCCCAAUAAACUGUUGAUGUAUGAUCUAUUUUUGAAUAGUAAACAUGUCUACUCGAUGGUACCCAAUUUAUCAGAAGGGUUCUCCUCAAUUGAGGGUAUUUCUUCCAAAUUUUUGGAUGAAACUUGUUCGUCCGACUCAUAAAAUACCCUCCAAUGUAGUACAGUUUGCUUGUUCAAUGGAAAUGACUAAAUUUGAUGUUAAAAAUUAUAUGGAAAAAAUUUACAAUGUAAAAUGUGUAGACGUUAGGACUAGGAUACAUAUGCCUAAAACUAGAAGGGAAGUAACAGCUGGUUACGUUAUUAAAGAUGAUGAUGUGAAAUAUGCCUAUGUUAUAAUGCCAAAAGGAGUAGAAUUCAAAUUUCCAGAUUUGUUUGAGGAGAGCAAAGAAAAAGAGGAUGAGGAUCACGAAAAGGCUCUAAAACAAGCUAAAGAAGGUUUUGACCAAUUUUUAUCGAAAAAUAAAGAUAGAGAAAAUAUGCCUGGGUGGUUUACAGUGUAGGUUAAAGUUUAUUUUGUAGGAAUAUAAAUAUGUAUAUUGUAAAAAUAUCUUUGAAGUUUUUUUUACCUGGUACUUGAGUGAA